GGCACCUGGGCAGGAACUGGGAGCAGCUGCGCUCAGGCCUCUGCGAGACUGUGUGAUAGAUAGCCCUUUCUGUUUCUGUUAGGCAUCUUGAGAAAUUGAGGCAGAAAGCAAGCACUCUCGGGCCUGAGCCGACUUUCCAGCCCCACUUCACGCGUUUGCAACCUUCUUCUACACUCCAUUCUCCAGAUCCCUUGGCCACACCCAUAGACCCUGUCUUCCCUCCCUCCUUUCCCUGGGCCUCACCACUCCUCAGCGGGGCCCAGGCUCCCAGCCUCUCAUCCAACCACAGCUAUUCCAGGAAGGGGAGUGUGUGUGGGUGGAAGGGGGUUUCUCCAAACACACCCACUGCUUCUGAGUGAGAGGGGGGCCAGGCUGGGGGAGCUGCUGGCCGCAGGCUCUGGAAUGUUCCAGGCAGGAGCAAAGUGAGGGUCCCAGGAGUCUGGCUGUACCUUCCCUGCCCUUUCCCAGCUUUGUUUUUCCCCUGGGACACCUAGCGCCCAGCCCCCACUUUUCUGUCCCCCAUCUCUUUCCCUCAGGUGCUCCCAGGGGUCAGGGGAGGCAGGAGAGGUGGGCAUUCCAAGCCAUGUCAGCCCUAGCCCAGGUCACCCAGCACAGGGGUUCUUGAGAAGAGUCUUCGGCCAGCAGCAACUGCUAGGACCUUGCUGGGCUGGGAAUGGAGUGUCUCAGGAGACCGGUGAGGGUCUAAAGAUGUUUUGGAACCUGUCCCAGGUGAAGGGCACUCGCUGCUCAGCCCACUGUAAGCAGCAGGAAUAGACAGAAUCCAGAUCCUGGGGUCUGGGUGCAGAGGAAAGCCUCCCCACAUGGUGCCCCUUCUCCUCCAAGAAGGGUUGAAGACUGGACCAGGCCAGGCCCAGUCGCCUAUACUGGCCAGGGGCCUGGAAUGUCCUGGGAGCCAGCCAGGGCUGGGAGGGUGGGGGUCAGGUGCCGGGCCAAUGCCCCUCUCCAGUUACAAGCUGGGGACCCAGGCCUUGCUAUACCCACUGAGCAAGGGCCCCCCCAGGGACAGACUUCUGGCCAGGAGACUAGAGCUUCAAGGGACAAGCCUCUGGCUAGGCUUCUAGGCAGGACCCCAGAAAUGUCCUGGGUGGGUGGGCUCCCAGUCUGGGGCUGGCUCAUCUCAGAGACCACAGAGCUGAAGCAGCCAGAUGGGCACAUUCGUGGCAGGGACCUGUGGGAAUUGCCAAAGCUGAGGGCGUUGGGAGUUGCCUGACCUCUGGGACAUUCAAUAAAUACCAUGCAAAUGUGGGGGUAGGAGAGUGCUCUGUGUGACACUUUUUCACCUUCUUUCCAAAAAGACAGCUCCUGCCGGUCUAGAAGCUGGUCUAGAAGCUGCUGCCCAUCGCUUGGGGCUGAUGACCCCCAGACCAUUAACCCCUUAUGUUUGGGGGAAGGUUACUUACCCCCUUCCCAAGGCCUCAUCCACUGCCCCCACCCUCCCCUGACUCCUAGGACAGGAAGUUGGCUGUGUUCCCAGGAGGGAGGCAGGAGGCCCAUAAGGGGGGUGGAGUAUGUGUUGGGAGGGGGGCUGCCUGUCCAGUCCUCAGGUCCUGGGCCGCUGCUGUGGAAGGAGAGCCAUGAAGCGACCUGCCCCCUUCCCGCCCGCACUCCCCUCCACUUCCAGGGCUGGGCCUCUCCUCACACCAGCCAGACAGCCUCCCCUCCGCCCAGGGGAAGCGGCUGCCUCCGCCUGGCCGCUUCCAGGAAGCCCCAGCCUGGCCCCAGCAUUGUUCAGGCCUCUGGGCCAGCACCCGGGCCCACCAGCCACCAUGAAGUCCAGCGGCCCCGUGGAGAGGCUGCUCAGAGCCCUGGGGAGGAGGGACAGCAGCCGGGCCACCAACAGGCCUAGGAAAGUAGAGCCUCAUAGCUUCCGGGAGAAGGUUUUCCGCAAGAAGCCACCGGUCUGUGCUGUGUGUAAGGUGACCAUUGAUGGAACAGGCAUCUCAUGCCGAGUCUGCAAGGUGGCCACACACAGAAGAUGUGAAGGCAAGGUGACUGCAUCCUGUCAGGCCGCGCCGCCUGUGGAGCUGCGGCGGAACACGGCCCCGGUCAGGCGCAUAGAGCACCUGGGAUCGACCAAGUCCCUGACCCACUCUAGGCAACGGAGCACUCUGCCCAGGAGCUUUAGUCUAGACCCGCUCAUGGAGCGGCGCUGGGACUUGGACCUCACCUACGUGACCGAGCGGAUCCUGGCCGCCGCCUUCCCGGCGCGGCCAGACGAGCAGCGACACCGGGGCCACUUGCGUGAGCUGGCCCACGUGCUGCAAUCCAAGCACCGCGACAAAUACCUGCUCUUCAACCUUUCAGAGAAAAGAAAUGACCUGACCCGCCUAAAUCCCAAGGUCCAGGACUUCGGCUGGCCGGAGCUGCACGCCCCACCCCUGGACAAGCUUUGCUCCAUCUGCAAGGCCAUGGAGACCUGGCUCAGUGCAGAUCCGCAGCACGUGGUCGUCCUGUACUGCAAGGGGAGCAAGGGCAAGCUCGGGGUCAUCGUCUCUGCAUACAUGCACUACAGCAAGAUCUCUGCCGGGGCGGACCAGGCUCUGGCUACACUCACCAUGCGCAAGUUCUGUGAGGACAAGGUGGCUGCGGAGCUGCAGCCCUCCCAGCGCAGGUACAUCAACUACUUCAGUGGUCUGCUGUCCGGCUCCAUCCGCAUGAACAGCAGCCCGCUCUUCCUGCACUACGUGCUCGUGCCCAUGCUGCCAGCCUUUGAACCCGGCAUAGGCUUCCAGCCCUUCCUGAAGCUCUACCAGUCCAUGCAGCUGGUCUACACAUCCGGUGUCUACUGCAUUUCAAGCCCUGGCCCACAGCAGGUUUGCAUCAGCCUGGAACCAGCCCUGCUCCUCAAAGGCGAUGUCAUGGUGACAUGCUAUCACAAGGGGGGCCGGGGGACAGACCGGACCCUUGUGUUCCGAGUCCAGUUCCACACCUGUACCAUCCACGGACCACUGCUCACCUUCAGCAAGGACCAGCUGGACGAGGCCUGGAGAGAUGAAAAGUUCCCCUUCCAAGCUUCGGUGGAGUUCGUGUUCUCCUCCAGCCCCGAGAAGAUGAAAGGCAGCACGCCGCGGAACGACCCCUGUGUCUCCGUGGAUUACAACACUGCGGAGCCCGCAGUGCGCUGGGACUCCUACGAGAACUUCAACCUGCACCACGAGGACAGCGUGGAUGGCUGCCUGACCCACACCCGAGGCCCCCUGGAUGGUAGCCCCUAUGCCCAGGUGCAGCGGGCCCCCCGGCCGGCACCCCCCGCCCCUACUCCGGACCCGCCGCCACCCCCCAUGCUCUCCGUCAGCAGCGACUCCGGCCAUUCGUCCACACUGACCACGGACCCCGCGGCAGAGUCCCCAGGCCGGCCGCCCCCGACGGCCGCAGAGCGGCAGGAGCUGGAUCGCCUCUUGGGCGGCUGCGGCGUGGUGGGCGGCGCCCGGGGAGCGGGAGCUGGCCGUGAAACUGCCAUCCUGGAUGACGAGGAACGGCCCCCCUUAAGCCAGGGCCCCCCAGUGGGGAUGUACGAGGGCCACAGGCCUGGCCUCAGCCGCCACUGCUCCUGCCGCCAGGGCUACCGGGAACCCUGCAGAGCCCCCAGCGGAGCUUACUACCGGCCAGAGGGAACCCUGGAGAGGCACCGGCUGGCCUGCGGGGGCUACGAAGGGGCCCCCCAGAGCUAUGCAGAAGCCUCGGUGGAGAAGAGGCGGCUCUGCCGGUCACUGUCCGAGGGGCCAUACCCAUACCAACCUGAGCUGGGCAAGCCCACCAAUGGCGACUUUGGCUAUCGCGGCCCAGGCUACCGUGAGGUGGUGAUCCUAGAGGACCCUGGGCUGCCGGCCCUGUGCCCAUGCCCUGCCUGUGAAGAGAAGCUGGCACUGCCCACAGCGGCCCUGUAUGGGCUACGACUGGAGAGGGAGGCUGGAGAGGGGUGGGUGGGUGAGACGGCCAAGCCUCUCCUGCAGCCGGUACGGCCAGCGCACCCUCUACCCCUGUUGGUACCUUCCUGUGGGCAUCACCAUGCCCCACUGCCUGACUACAGCUGCCUGAAGCCCCCCAAAGUGGGAGAGGAAGGCCACGAGAGCUGCUCCUAUGCCCUGUGCCCUGAAGGCAGGUACGGGCGUCCAGGGUACCCUGCCCUGCUGGCCUACGGCUAUGGAGGAGCGGUCCCCAGUUACUGCCCAGCAUAUGGCCGGGUGCCUCGCAACUGUGGGUCUCCAGACGACAGCAGAGGCUAUUCCACCCCGGGGGCCCACUCCCCCUGUGCCGGCUCCAUUUCCCCGGGAAGCCCGCCCUAUCCACAGUCCAGGAAGCUGAGCUACGAGAUCCCCGCUGAGGAAGGAGGGGGCAGGUAUCCCCUGCCAGGACACCUGGCACCUGCUGCUGGCCCCUUGCCACCUACAGAGUCCCCUGAACCUGUCUCUUGGAGGGAGGGCCCCAGCGGACAGAGCACGCUCCCCCGGUCUCCCCGAAGCGCCCCAUGCAGCGGCCCCGCAGAGCUGUCGGCUCCCUCCACCCCUUUGCACACCAGCAGCCCGGUCCAAGGCAAGGAAAGGUCGCCCACCUUGGGGCCCGCUCAGAGACUCAGUCCCCCCCUGGCCUCGCCCCCUGUGGCCCAGGAAGGCCCUGGAAAGUCUCCUGAGCUGACAGCGCAAAGUGGCCCUGAAUCUCCGGCCCCCGGAACUUCCAGCCCAGCCUCUCCUCCCAGGUGCCCCAAUGACUGGCCUCAGGAAAGAAGCCCAGGGGGCCACACAGAGAGUACCAGUCCACGGAGCCCAGUGCCCACCACACUGCCUGGCCUCCGCCAUGCACCCUGGCAGGGCCCCCGAGGCCCCUCAGACAGCCCGGAUGGGUCCCCUCUCACCCCUGUGCCUGCCCAGAUGCCCUGGCUGAUGGCCAGCCCAGAGCCACCUCAGAGCUCACCUACACCCGCCUUCCCCCUGGCCGCGACCUAUGCCACCAAUGGCCCUGCCCAGCCCCCACUUCCUGAGAAACGCCACCUGCCUGGGCCUGGGCCGCAGCCAGGGCCCUGGGGCCCAGAUCGGACCUCGCCACCAGCCAGAAGCCCCAGUCACCACGUCACCUUCGCACCCCUGCUCCCAGAUAACAGCCCCCACCUUCCAGAGUCCUCUACACAUGAGAGCCAAAGCAAUGUCAAGUUUGUCCAGGACACAUCCAAGUUCUGGUACAAGCCACAUCUCUCCCGCGACCAAGCCAUCGCCCUGCUGAAGGACAAGGAGCCGGGGGCCUUCCUGAUCAGGGACAGCCAUUCAUUUCAAGGGGCUUAUGGACUGGCCCUCAAGGUGGCCACACCUCCACCCAGUGCUCAGCCCUGGAAAGGGGACCCCUUGGAACAGCUGGUCCGCCAUUUCCUCAUUGAGACUGGGCCUAAAGGGGUGAAGAUCAAGGGCUGUCCCAGCGAGCCCCACUUUGGCAGCCUGUCCGCCCUGGUCUCCCAACACUCCAUCUCCCCCAUCUCCCUGCCCUGCUGCCUGCGCAUUCCCAGCAAAGACCCUCUGGAAGAGACCCCCGAGACUCCCGUGCCCACCAACAUGAGCACAGCGGCAGACCUCCUUCGUCAGGGUGCCGCCUGCAGCGUGCUCUACCUGACCUCAGUGGAGACUGAGUCCCUGACGGGCCCCCAGGCCGUGGCCCGGGCCAGCUCAGCAGCUCUGAGCUGCAGUCCCCGGCCCAUGCCAGCUGUGGUCCACUUCAAGGUCUCGGCCCAGGGCAUUACACUGACAGACAACCAAAGGAAGCUCUUCUUUCGCCGCCAUUACCCAGUGUCCAGCAUCACCUUCUCCAGCACCGACCCUCAGGACCGGAGAUGGACCAACCCUGACAGGACCACCUCCAAGAUCUUUGGUUUCGUGGCCAAGAAGCCGGGGAGCCCCUGGGAGAAUGUGUGUCACCUCUUCGCAGAGCUUGACCCAGACCAGCCUGCAGGUGCCAUCGUGACCUUCAUCACCAAAGUCCUACUGGGCCAGAGGAAGUGAAGACGACCACUAGGGGCCCUCUUCCCCUCCCCCACCCCAUCGCCUCACGCCCUCCAGCCCCCCCGCCCCCCGGGGUGGGCCCCAGCCUGGCACACUGCUCUUUCUCAACCCCAGCCUGCUAAGCCAAGUGGACAGCCGUGAGAUGACCUUGCACGUGAGCAGAUGUCAGAGGUGGGAGUGUGAGGGGGAGGAGCCAUCGGCGGUGGAG